GGUUCGGGGCACCGGGGGGUUUGGGACAAUGGGACAAUGGGACAGUGGGAAGCCUGGGGGUGAACGGGGUUGACGUGCACACGUGCGGGUCUGGGUCACCGGGAGCCCCGGGUGGUUGAUGUGCACUGUGGAUGGGGAGCGGGACCGUGGGGAGCCCAGGCGGGGUUUCUGGGGGGCUGACGUGCGCCGGGGGCCGGGGAGCGCGGGGAUCCCGGGCAGGCUGGUGUGCUCUGGGGGCACCGGGGGGCUGAGGAGCACCGGGAGAGCAGCCCUGGGGUGCACAGGACGUCCCGGGUCAGCCACUGCAGUUGGUGCUGGUCUGCAGGCUGGGGUGCAGGGAGGGCUCCCAGCAUCCCGGGAUGGGAUGGGGUGCGGGGGUGGGCCUGGAGCGGUGCAGGGGCUGACAGCCCCCCCAGGCUCCUGGGUGGAGCUGCGCUGUGGCCCAGGCUGCCCGGAGCCCGAGCCGGCGCCUUCGCCGUUCUCCUGCCACGCCGACGUGGAGCGGAUGCUGCUGGAGGCCCAGCUGGAGACAGAGAGCGGUGAUGGGGCCCUGCUUGUGCUGGGCUCCCCAGCCUGGGAUGACGACGGAGCCAGCCACGGCAGCGAUCAGCCAGGGGAGAGCGAGGUGCUGCCUGCCCACAGCCAGCCCCAGCCCGGCUGCCCCCACCCCCGGCAGCGGGAUGUGCCACAGGAAGCCAAGUGGAGGCAGCGGCGCCUGAGAGCGUCCCUGGGCUGGGCCUGCGCCCGCUGCCCUCGCUACCUGGCUCCAGAGGAAUUUGCCUUUGUGUGCUCCCCCCAGCCAGUGCUGUGGAGCCUGCAGGGAGGCGCAGUGGGGAGGAAGAAGAGACUUUUCAGUUCAGAGCUGCUGCUGCUCUUCAUCCCCUCGCUCCUGCUCAGCCACCUGCUGACCCUGGGGCUGGGGAUCUACAUUGGGAAGCGCCUGGCAGCCUCCUCAGCCAACCCUCUGUGAGGAGCUGGGCAGGCAGCACCUUCUGCUCCGCUGGGAAUGCAGGGAGAGCCUGGCACCAGCAGCCCGAGCGCUCCCAGGCCCCGUGUCUGUCCCUCAGCCCUGCCUGGGGAGCUGAUCCCACAUCCCUGUAGAACAGAACCCACCGGUGGCAGCUCCCAGCUGCAGGCAGCCCCUGCCCUCCCCAGCCCCUGGUUACAGCUCCAGCUCCCCCUGUACCAGACUGUAAAUACAACUGAGCCCUCCUGAAUAAAGAGCCCUGUGCCAG